AUGCUUGGUUCACGAUCAGGAUUCAUUACUCUUGUGAAGCAGAAGCAGCCUGAUUUAAAAGAAACACAUUGCAUGAUCCAUAGAGAAGCUCUCGCCUCAAAGACAGUUCCAAAGAACCUUCAUGAUGCUUUACCUUUCAUCAUAAACAUUGUUAACUAUAUAAGAAAUUACAGGGACAAAAGAGCAACGUCAUUGUGCACACGGACACCAUCAAUACUUUCAUGGCUAAACUACAACUUUGGGGGACAACAAAUGAAAAAAGGAAAUACAGCAUUCUUUGAGCGUUUGAGUGACAUACUUGGUGGGAAAGACAUCAAGGACCCAUUGAAGGAAGAAAUCAUCACUCACCUUGAUCAUAUGGGGGACGAGUUCAAGUGGUAUUUCCCUGGUAUCAACACUGAAGACAUUUCAUUGAGGCUGACAAAGAACCCAUUUAUAUGUCAAGUGGAUGAUGUCCCUGAGGACAUGCAAAAUGAGUUCUUGGAGCUCAAACAUGACUCUUCUGCCAAGGAUGAGUUUCGUGCACAAGAUCUUGAAGAAUUCUGGCCCAAAGCACGAAGCCGGCUGGAGGUGGAAUGUGACAUACGUUGCGCGCUUACCAAAACUAAUCCUGAUAUUGAUACACUGGUGCACAAGAAGAAGCAUCACCCUUCUCACUAG